AUGAUAAUUGUUGAUACAAGCCCAAAACGCAAUACAGGCAACGUUCAGACGGCAGGAUCAAGCUCAAGCGGCCUCCCCCAGGCCGAUGCACUAUCCCCCCCUCCGUAUACUCCCCAUAUAUCCUAUCAACCCAAUUCUCCUCCAAGGGACGUAGUGGUAGUCGUAUAUCGUCAGUCACCCGCACAACGUUUCUGGAAAGCAUUCGGUGUUGCUGUACUUAUCUGGUUCCUCGUUGCUGCGUUCACCAACUCUGCCGCCGACAUGGCUUUCAACCGUGGAUCUCGACCCUUCUGGACCGGUGAGCCACCUUAUCCUGGGGUACAAGAUGGCACUGUCCACCACUGCAUCACCGGCUCCGACUGGAUAUUGUCUGAUCGAAGCUUGAACCAAUUUCCCUAUAGUGCCGAGGCAUUCCUAGAGCUCCCCGUCGACUCCGAUGCAAUCUACUUCUUCACGAGGGGCUCUCAACAAUCCGGCCAUGUUGAUAUCGUGCAGUCCACCAAGCCGACAGAUAAAGUUGGUGUUCGAGUGCGGGUUGGCUAUCACGCUCGCAAAGCGCUGGAUCAUGUCAAUGUUUGUCGUCUCGAACGACAAGCAGAUGAGAAUGGUAUUGGUAUCCUUACACCUGCAUUCUCGUAUUUCCCUGGUAAUGGACAACAGCUAAGAUUUGAGGCAUUCGAGACAGAGACAUCUAAUUACAGUCAAGAUGUCGCAGAUGUCUGGGACACCAUCUCCUUCGAUAGAAUAUCACUCAGAACAUCGAAUGGCCCCGUAAAUGCGAAGUCUAUCACCACCGAGGAUGGUUUCAUCCGCUCAAGCAAUGGCGCCAUUAAAGGGCAUUUCAAUAGUGGCUCUUCUCUCAAGCUCGAAACUUCGAACGGCCCCAUUCAAGCUAAAAUUGAUGCCAACGUGGAUCUCAUCACGCGUUCUGGCAAUGGCGGUAUCUUCGACGUCCAAACACAUACUUCAAAUGGACACGUCAGUCUUGAAUACACUGACAUGCCUGUAAACGCACUCCUCACAUCCGACACGGGGUCUUCUAACGCAGCAAUAAGCCUUAAGUUGCACAGCAAUUUCGAAGGCUCAUUCGACGUGAAUACUUCUAAUGCAGCAGCCCUUUUCAAGGAGCUGCCUGUUGAGGAUCCUUCUGGACAGGGUCGUCGCAGGGCCGUGACUCAAAGGCAAGAGAGAUAUCGCCUCCGAGGGUCUGCCUACUGGGACGAGAGCAAAAAGACUGAAGGGCGCGCCACUGUUAAGACUUCGAAUGGCCGGGUGGAAUUGGUGAUCUGA